AUGAAAGAUAUCGAACGCAAGGAGAGCCGUUGCAGCUUCUGUAGGCUAGUCUGGCAAACGAUUUCACCCAAUGCUACGACUCAGGCACUUCGCCACAAGGAGGUUGACCUGUGGCUGGACAAUUUCGCGAUAACUAGUAACGGUAAGAUUAUUCUGAGAAACUAUCAGGUUAGACAAGGACCAGCUAUCAUUCAACUAGAAGUAUCGACAAGAGAAGGAACGGCUACGUGGGCUUGCUUUUCGAUAUUCACGAUCCACGUCUUGCCGCAAUCACCGGUUGCGAACCCAAAAGACAAUGAGUUUUGGCGCUUACUCAAAUGGCUGGACUCUUGCGAAGAGUGUCAGCAUAACGUGCCACUAAAUGAGGAAGAAUCAUCUCGGGUAAAUAUUCACGAAAAACUUCAGCUCUACUCUAAAGUCAUCGAUGUGCACCGUCGCCGCAUUGUCAAAGCUCCAAAAGGCUGUCGCUAUCUGGCGCUAAGCUAUGUUUGGGGAGGAAUGAAUUUGUCAUUGCUCACAAGAAGAUCCGAGGCUCUCUUUGAGCAAGAAGGUAGUAUUGAGCUUGGACAAUUUCCUAAGACAAUAUGCGAUGCCAUUGAAUUAUGUCGAGAGCUCGGGGAGAGAUAUCUCUGGAUUGAUUCAAUGUGUAUCACUCAGGAUAGCGAGGACAAGCACAACCAAUUAAAGGGAAUGGAAGCCAUCUACCGAGGAGCGGUCUUGACUAUUGUUGCUGCUGCUGGGGAUCAUGCCGAUGUUGGACUUCCAGGGUUCAGCGCUGAAAAGUUCCGCUUUCGACAGGGCCUGAAGGUCAUACAGGGGUUGACGUUGGCGAAUAUGUCGCCGAGUUUUGAACAGUCUGUUGAUUUAUCACACUGGAAUACGAGGGCAUGGACUUAUCAAGAGCGGCUGCUCUCACGUCGUCUAGUUAUCUUUACUAAAGAUCAGCUCUACUUUCAAUGUGACCACGGCAGAGCCCAAGCUGAUAGUGGUCUCAACCCUCACGAUCCCACGCACGUACGGUACUUGAAUUCUGGUGACGCUACAAGAAACGAGGCUUAUAGAAUCGAACUAAGGGAAAAAGUCAACAUCAACGUCUACGCUCAGAUGGUCAAGGAAUAUUCUAGUCGACAACUCUCCUUUGUUUCUGAUAUUGAAAAUGCCUUCGGGGGUAUU